GUGAAUCUGUUAUUAUUCCGCCAUUUACCUGUUCGUUAUUUCACCGAUACGAGGCUGUUGUGGUUUUUUUUCUUCCUUUAACCGUCUCUGACACUCGGAAGAGGCGUUACUUUCCAGCCUUCUGAGUUGUCGCUUGAGAAUGUCAAGCCACAGUUUGUGGGAUCUACUUGAUGCUGAAUUUGAUCACCUCCUGGUGGACAUGAAACCCUUUGUUCUUAAGCUUUCAAAUAAAACAGAGCGCCAGUGCUGCGCACUCUGGGUUAAGAAGCUGUGUGAGCCACCGGGCGGCAUGCGCGCUGCCGUUUGGCGACCGGAGCGCAACGCUUACGCGAGGCUGCUGCUGGACAUGCUGCGCUAUGGACGGCUUGAGGGGCCCUUCUCCAGCAAGCCUCCUGCCGGCUCCCUGCAGCCUCUGCCUGCUGACCAGAAGAGAGAUGGGCCUGCUUGGGAUGAGGACCUGGACAGGCUGCCCAGCUGGGCAGCAGGGGAGCUUGAAUCGCCGCAGCUGAGCCAAGGCUUGUCCAGGGACGCACGGAGUCACUUGGCAUUCUCUGACUCAUGCCAAGAGCACCGCAGAAAAUGGAAGAUAUCCCAAGAUCGGAGUUCCCAGUCUACCAAUGCUAUGCAUAGGUCUAGGGAAGAUGACCCCACAACAAUUAGUAUUGAAAACCCAAGGUAUUUACGUGAAAAGCCAAUACCUUUAUCACCGAUUGUACCCAGGAAAGGCUCUCGGAAAAUGGACCCAUUAUUACUUGAUGCUGAAGCUUUUAAUACAAAGUAUCAAAAAGAGAUGGGGCUCAAGAUGAAGGCCAUGAAGGAGCAGUUCCAGAAGGAGCAAGUUGCGAUGCAACUGAAGCAUGAAACUCACGUACAAGAGAUUUUGGAUGGAAAAAAAUGUGAACUGGAAGAACUGAAUGCAGUGCAUCAGAAUAAACAGAAGGAGGCUGCAGAUGCAGUCAGAAAACUGGAAAAGAAAGUUGAUGUUUUAGUACAAGAAUCACAAGUUGUCCGAGAGACCAAGGACAAACAGAUUGAAGAGCUAAUGAAGAUGAUGGGUCAGAGUGGGAAGAACCUGAAAAAUGAGUAUGAGAAAAAGCUGAAUGAAGCCAUAGCCAGCCUGGAGCAGGAGCGCCUGGAGCUGCAGAAACAUCACACGGAAAGCAUCCAAGCACUGCUGGAUGAGACUAACAUGCGGUUGGCGCACAUGGAGGCCGAGCACAAGGCACACGCCCUCCUAACUGGCAACGUUAAAAAGGAGCUGGAGGCCCGUGUGGAGCAGCUGAAGGCAGACGGAGAGGCACAAGUUAAACAGAAGAGCCGUCUGGAACAGGAGAAUGCAGAACUAACUCACAGGAACCAGGCCCUCUCCCGGGAACUACAGGACGUGAAGGGUUGGUUCUCUGCAGCACAGCGUGACACAGAGCAGCUCUCUCAGGAGCACGAGCACAGCGUGAAGCAGCUGCAGGCCCGCCUGGAGGGCAACAUUCACUUCCUGAAGCAGGAGCAUGCAGUGGCAGCCGCCAAGGCAGCAGCAGUCAGAGAAGAUCUGGAGAUGAAAGUGAACAUCCUAAAGCAACAGCUUGAGGAGGUAGAGCAUCAGGGGCAACUGCAAUUGAAGGAAUCGGAAGCAAUAUUUCGGGAGGAAAAAUUUCAGUUAGAACAUCUUCAUGAAAAAAAGCUGAAAUCUGCACAUGACAAAUUGGAGCAGGAAAAGGAACAAUGCCAAAAAUCCAUCACCGCAUUAGAAACUGCAUUGAGGGACAAGGAGGAAAAGCUGAGAAAGGUGGGAGAAAUGCAGCGCGUACAGGCCCGGCAGGCCGACGCAACACUGGAGCAGCUCAGAAAGGAAGUGGAGCUUAACACGGAGAAAGUGUUGAUGGAGAUGAAACAGCAGAUGCAGAGGGUGGAGGAGGACCUCAGAAGAGCCAAGGCCGUGCGUGAGCGGCAGGCCGAGGAGUUUUCCCAUCAGCAGCAAGCACUACAGCAGCAGCAUGAGCAGCAGCUGCGGGACGUGCGGCUCCAUUGCGAAGAGGAGAAGUCUCGACUGCUGGAGCAGCACGCCACUCACAUGGAGAGUGUUGCCCGCACACACGCCGCCACCCUCGAACAGCGCCAGCGCGAUCUGCAAGCCACCGCGGCCGAGCGUGAAAAUCAGGCCAGAGAAUGGAGGCACAAGGAUGCAGAGAUUAUAGCGCAGUUGGAGGAGACGGUGCUGAAGCUGCAGGAGGAGGUGGAGCAGGCAAAUUGCCUGCGCAAGCAGCAGCUAGUGGAGCUGGGGCUUCUGCGCGAGGAGGAAAAGCAGGCCACCCUGCUGCAACACGAGACCAUCUGCGCCCAGAUCCGAGCCGAGGCCGAGAGGACCACGCUGGACGCGCAUAAGCAGCACGCUGUUGAGAUAGAGCAGUCUUCCGCCAAGAGCGCUGAAGAGCUGAAAAAAAUGGAAGUGGAUUACUCCGUGAAACUCUCUCAGGCUGCAAAGGCGAUCAUGGACCUGCAGGCACAAGUGGCAUCUAUCCACGAGGAGGCUUCCCAAAAGAGUUUGGAUGCCGAGAAGAGGCUGCACGACGCCGUCACCAAAAUGCAGGGUGAUCUGGAGGCGCUUCGCCAAGAGCACCGCAGCACGCUGCAGGAACUGCAUGGCCAGAAGGAUACCCACUUGCGGCUGUCUGCCUCCUGGGAGAAACAACUACAAGAAAUUGGGCUCAAGCACCAGGAACAGGUGACAGCGCUGCGGCAGGAACAUGAGAAAAAGCUGAAGGGCCUCAUGCCGGCGGACGUCCGCAAGCAGCUGGAGGAGACCAUUGCGUCCCUCCAGUCACAGGUGAACUGCCUGCAGAAGCGUGCCUCCCUUUUGCAAGAGCAGUUGGAUAAUCAAAAGACCCUGUAGGUAAGGCACAGAGCCCUGAUCCAUUGUGCAUCAGAUGGGCUUUGACAUUUCCCUGGAGGAAAUGUAUAACUAGAAAAUUGUAAUAACUAUCGACAUAUAAUGAUUGCUGAAACCCAGUCAUGGUUUAUUGUGAAUCUCUGUUGUGUUUGCACGAAGUUUUUUUUUUUAAUAAGGACAGUUACAGUUUCCAAUAAUUAUAUGAUUUAAAUGCCCAUCGUGCUUAUCAAUAAAUGCAUGAUAUCGAUCCAUGGUCUCAGAAAUGUCGAAAUUCCCAUAAAACUCAAAGCAAUGAAUUUACAAUCACAACAAUGACAUUUGUCCAACACUAGGCAAUUAUAAUUUUAUAGAAAUAUAUGGUGAACAGACAUGUUAAAAUUUUACAUGCUAUUGCUAAGCUGCAAGUCGCACAUAUAAUGCCCCCUCUAAGGGUGCGUGGGGCAGUUGUAUAUGUUUACAUAUUGAUUUGUGUUGCAUGUUGUAUGGACUGCAGAUGACUGCAUUCGGCUGCCGACAUAGGGCUGCGAUCAGUCAAAGAUGCCUCCAGGGUCACCCUGCAGGUGUUUGCAAUUCCCAGCCCAUCUGUCUGUACAUACACACUAACCACAGGGCUGUGACUGGCCUUGUCAGCUCACCCCUGACUGUAGCCCUCAGCACUUAAAAAAGCCAACCAUAUGGUUGCUUUGCAGCCAGUUACAUAAGCAUUGUAAUUGCGCUUGUGGAUACAUUCAGUGUAUUGCAAUAGCAAACUACAAAAUGCAGUUUGUUACAGUUCACUAGUAUUUUCAAUAGCUACCUGCAUUGAUGCCUGUCUCGUGUGAUUACAAUCUAAAUUAUAUUGCGAGAAUACAGUAUGCUGUAUGUGCAGCGGAGUUUGUGUCGGCUACGGAUGGGGAAAGGUGUCAAAAUAAUGGAACAUACCGUGAUGACGUUUAAUUGAAGGUGUGAAGGAUUUUUUGAGAAACAGACAAGUGUUGUAUUAGCAUACCCCGACUAAAAGCUACUCGAAUUGGUGGCAUUGUCGUUUCAAAUGUUCAAACGACUAAUAGGUCAACGAGUUAAAACCCUGGUCGGAUCACCAACUCAACUGUCCUCCCUUUGUGUUUGAUACAUUUAAAGUGGCUUGUUUUCAGUCAACAGUGUUUUUUUUCUAUGGAUAUUCUGAGCCCUGUCAUAUGAUUGUGGAAUUCCCACCACUGGCUUAGAGCCAUUUAUGGACAUGAGAACCACCCCCACAUUAAUUUGAACAGGGUGACACCGACUUGAUUGCUUUCUGAUCAUGCACUUUUUGAGAGGUGACAUUCAUUGACUACCUAUUGUGACAGCUAUGCAGAUUUAACAGGAAAAAACAUUCUGCAGUGACUAAUAUGCUGUCUCCUUUUACAAAUUAGUGGCCUAUUGAAAGAACCAUUUAUUUUUUUCAUAUAGCAUUUUUCACGUCGGAUAAUUUAUCUGCAUGUAAGUUAAAUUGUAUGCCAUUUAUUAAGGUAUAACAACAAAUGUGUAUUUAUAAUUUUAAUAUGGGAGUGUCUUUUUACAUAGUCUCUGUACACCAAUGGACACAUACAUACUUCACAUGUAUAUAAAUGGACCAACACAACAUCAUAUUCUUGGUUCUUUCGGUAAAGUCACGUAGAAGGGAAACAAUAAAAUAAUAAAAAAUAUAAAACAAUAAAAUUUUCACGACGUUUCGACUGCAACAUAAGCAGUCGAAACGUCGUGAGAAUUUUUUUACGUGACUUUACCGAAAGAACCAAGAAUAUGAAUCCCUGCAGUCACGAAAGCUUUAAAUCUAAAUUCAACACAACAUCGUAACACAUUAUUGGUAUUCUGAAAAAGUUGUGCCUGACAAUAAUGAUGAAUGUGAAGUGUAAAAUCAAGCAGAAAUGUAUUGGUUAACAUGUUAUGUUUGUGCUCUUCUGCGAUGUUUACAUUGAGUGGGUGUGUUCGUUCAUAACAAGGGCCCACCUAUCGUCUCAGGAACUGAUGAGGUCACUAUUCCUGCAUAAGCUCAUGCUCAUUGUAAAGUAAUUUAUGUUUUACAAACUAUAUUUAUUUAUAUAUGAAACACUCAUUGAUUUACGUGCAUAAACAAACACACACUUAAGACUAUUUAUCACUGAAAUACAAAGGCUGAUCGCAAAGUCCAUCCCUGGUUUUAAAGUAAUGUAUCGUGAUGACAAUGUUUCAAAAUAUUACUUGAAUUGUAAAAUAACACAACACAUGUUUACACUUGUGCAUUUCUUCAUCUACAUUUUAGCUACAUAGCCUUUAUUUUGUUCACACGUUUGAGUGGUAUCUUUAAAAAAUACUAAACGAUUUGCAAAUAUUUCACAUCAACUUUUCCAGCUGCAUUUUUAUCACCGUUAAUGUCAUCCUGUAACCUUGAAGGUUGACGGAAGGAUUAUCCAUCACAAACACUACCGGUUCUUUAGAUGCAAUUGUCCAUUAUCACUGUCUUCUCAAAUUGUUAUAAUUGACCAAAUGUGCCAAAUUAGAAAAAUUGCGUGCAAAUUACUGGAAUAUAUAUAGCGAUCAUUGCCGCUAUUGCAAAAACUUGGUAAGACCGUCCUGAAAAAGGGUCUCGAGACUCAGUGAGACUUUCCUAAUAUGAACUAGCUUGUUUGCCCAUCAAAGGACCGGUGUGUAUUGCAGUAAAUAUGAAACAUUAAAUAGAAAAAGUGUUCAGCUCAUGAUUAUUGAGGAGGGGGGUUGCCCCAUGUGGAGUGACGUCACCCGCUAAUGGUUAUUGGGGAGGGGUGCGGCAUGUGGAGUGACGUCACCCCCUCAUGGUUAUUGGGGACAGGUGCGGCAUGUCUAGUGACAUCACCUGCUCAUGAUUAUUAAUGAGAGGGGGGCCUCAUGUGGAGUGACGUCAUGUGCGGGACACACACAUUCUUGGCUUAUUAUAUUAGAUGGGAAAAUAGUGCAUUCCCUCCCAACAGAAAAAUACAUUUCUAGAUGUGUUGUCCAUUGGUAUUGAAAGAACAUGAAAUUCUGCAUGUUUUUAUACUAUGACACCAAAACUAGGGAAGGACGUUAUGAUCACCCUGUUCUACUGCAUACCAAAGCCAUUAAGCUGAAAUAAAUGACAAUUAUUUGUAUUAUGUUGUUUCAGUGAUUAUAUGUUAUUGUUGAAAACAUUUCCAAUUUGUUAAUUCCUAUGAUGAAUUACAUGUGUGUCAUGUAAUUAACAUUUAAAAAGUUGUCAAAAAAGGAAGCAAUGAAACUCUACAAGAUAAUGUCAUUGAUAAUCAUUUGUUCUCAUUUAUAAUUAUGGCUCGGAAAAGAUGGAUUGUGCGCUGACCUGUGACAGCCACGCACGCAUUGAGUUUAUUUUUGUUAACCAUGUUUAUAGACAUUUACGUGUACUAUUGUUGUAUUUUACUUUCAUAUUUUCGUGAAGUGUGUUCUUUGUAGUUAUAUUUUUAUGCAUACAGUAUUUAAAUUAAGUUGCUAUGGCUAUAAGUAUGACGAUUUCACGCGUGUCAAGUGUUAUUUUUAUUAAAAAGAAACAUUGUUUUUUUACUUGGUGUAUAUUUACAAUAAGCACAAUGGUGUGUCAGUAAUUUCACUAGACUGAUAAUCAAAAAGUUAUGAUUUAAAAUAUAACUCAGCCCACCAUCCCUCUCGGGUUAUUAAAUGAGUGCUACUUUGUUGCAAAUCAAUAGUCCAUGGUCAUCCUAUAUAAGUCUAGUCCCAUACCAUGGCAAUAUAGGAUUUCCACUGGCAUUGGGCCACUAUUCCACAAUUCCAGAUAUCGUUACAUGUAUCAUGGCAAAUAUCAUUCACAAGUAAGACUCACUGUCCAAUGGUGAGAACACAGGUUUAUAAUGAGCAUCAACAAAACCUUUUUUUUGAGUGGAUCACAUUGCAAGGCAUUACUCUCUUGCUUCAUCAGUAAUUGUUAUUAAACAUGUAAAGUGUCCAAUGGUCACCAUAAUUGUCACUAAAGCUGCAGAUUGCGAGCUGUGUAAGGUUCAAGUAUCAUAUCCCAACAACAUUGAUAUCUCAAAAUCCGCUGACAACCAGACGAUACAAUCCUUCUGACAUGAAUUGCCCACUGUGUGUUGUAUACAGGAUGAAUUGGAGAAGUGCUGGUACAUUACUCACAACGUGGUAGCUCAUUUACACCUAAUUGUUUUCGUCUUGGGAGACUGAACUGCACAGUAAAUGAGAUGUGUGCAUUUCAAUUGAUCUAAUUAAGUGCACACAUCUGAUUUUAGACUGCCAUCAUGUCCACUGACCAACCCCACUAUCACAUCUCACACUCUCAUUUAGUGAAUGAGAAUAACAUGCUAAUAAACUAAAUAAAUAAUGGUGUGGGUGGAUUUGGAGGAUUUUGACGUUUCAACUGACAGGCUUGAAUGGGAAUUAUGGGACGGCACUGAUGUAGUGUAGCAUAAACAUUAUUAGGCUAUAGUAAUGUCUAAACCACGAUAUUUUAUGAAAAAGGCUUAUCUGAAACAUAGGAAUAUGAAUGCCCUUUUAGUAAAAAAAAGCACUCGAUGUUAUAAUUAUUUAAUACAUCAUUAUGUAAACACAUUAACAUUCCAUUCUAGAUUUGAAGCUUUCGUGACUGCAAGGAUCCAUACUCUUUGGUUCUAUUCGGUAAAGACACGUAGGUAAAAAAUAAAACAAAAAAUAUCACGACGUUUCGACCACUUGUGUUGUGGCCGAAACGUGAUUUUUGUUUUAUUUUUUACCUACGUGACUUUACCGAAUAGAACCAAAGAGUACAUUAACAUUCUACGCAGAAAAUAUACUUAAUUGCAAGAUUUACUUCAAGUGUAUUAAAAAAAUCAGAUGUAAUAACUGAGCAUGUAACAAUUCAUCCACAUUGACUCUAUUUUAACAGUUUGGGGUCAUAAUUACAUUUGAUUAUGUAAAUCUUCGUGUCAUUCCUAAUCUUAUUUGUAUUUCUUGUUCACUUUCUCCCGUUUACAAUUGUGUUUUCUCCAUUAUAAAUAUAACAUGAGAAUAUAAUUAGCAUACAAUCUAAAUAAUCAAUUCUCACACCAUUCAAUGCAUGAAUUGUGAUCCUAAAAAAUCCAUUUCAAUUGAUGAAAUUAAUAUUACAAAUUGGAAAACGUACAUCUUUGAGAUUCUUCCACAUCAAAGCAAAUGUUGUCUGUUAUUGAUUAUUUGAGCACUGUAAAGUGAGCUGUUUUCGUAUUUGUAUACCUAUUUCACAAAUAAUAUUCUUGUCAAUGGAGAAACAAAACAUUUGUCAAACUGAUUUGAAUUUGCACUCAGUGAAAUGUGCUCAUUUUAUUUUACACAACUAUUUGUUAAAGUGCAACAUGUCAUUUAAUUUAUAAUUGCUAAGUAUAGAAAACAACCGAAAAGCUAAUGCUAUAUUUACAAUCUGUUAUGGGACAAGUUAUGCUCAUCAUGCUGUCUAGAGGCAAACUACUUUAUUGCAUUCAUUGCUAUUUUUUGCAGAUUGUCAUACAUUAAUAAUACUUGAGUUUGACAUGUUUCUGUUGCAGAGUCGUCUUGCCAAAUGAUAGAGCAUGCUAUAAAUUGGGAGGAAGCCAUAUUCCGUUUUGGUCGUGCCAUCUGAAAUGGCAGCAGAUGUGCGGCAAUUAACAUUACAUCGUGGAUGGAAUAAAUCAUUGAGUAAUGCGGUCCAAGUUAAUCACUUUGAGGCAGUCAUAUAAGUUGCCGUUUUUUUACCUCAAUGUAAAGUGUGAAAUAAAAAUGUACUUCACUUGUGUUCUCCAAUGCCUUAUCCAGUGUCACGCCUACGGUGGUGCACUAUGAAAGAUGAACCCACGAAUACAUUUAACUCAAUGUCCGUGUGAAUACUGUGCAAGUUGGAGAAAUCCCAUUGGAGGGGGCUGUGUUCAGAACAACACAGUCUGCGAGCGUAGCACUACGAGGGCAAGUACAUUCAAAAAUAUAGCAUGAAGGGGAUCAGCCAUCCAAAUAUCAGCAAAGGGGUUUUUUAAUCCAAUGCUUAAAAACACGAAAGGUAUACAGGAACAGGGUUGUACUGUAUUGCAUUGUCAUACAAUUGCAUUGACCCGUUUGUGUAUUUACAAGAUAUAUCCAAAGAUUGCAAUGCAAAUGUAAAUAAAGUACAGGAUUUGUCAUUGUCUGCAAUGUUUGUAGUGCAAAUAAAUAAUAACCUGAAUUUCAAGAAUGUGGUUUAAUCCCCUGUUAGAAAAUAAGUAAACAAUCAAGUAAGCUUGUUGUGUUUCCACAAAAAACAUGUAAUAGUGAUUUGUCUUUACUAUCAGGUGCUCAAAAACAUGCUGUGAAAGUGCAAACAUAUAGUGAUAUAAACGUGCAUUUUUACAACUUGA